UCUCAUCUCUUUCAAACUUUGCUAAUAUACCUACAUUUUAUUCCCAAGUUUUCUUCACUACUAGCUAUUAUAUUGUUUUUCCUUCCGAACCUGUUUCCCUUCUUCAUUCAACCUACAUUAUUAUUCGGUGAAAAUUCACGUGAAGUUGAUUUCACGUGAAGUUGAUAUUUGAAAGUUGUUAGAUAAAAAAUUAGUCAAAUCAAUCAAAUUAUUUAACUAUUUUCAAGUAUUAACUUCGAAUUUUCACCUUAUUAUACUUAUCGAUGGCGAGCACCAACUAUUACUAUUAUUACAACUACAUUCACUCGCUUGAGAGUCAUCAAGAUCCUCAUGAAUCAUCGCCAGAUCGAAAUGUGGUUCUGCAGGGAAGCAAGAAUUACCAGGAGUGGCGCCAAGCAAUGAACUUGAAGUUGGAAAAGACAAGGACGCUGUGGUUUGUGCAUGGCACCGAUACAGCGGUGAUGAACCAAGGACCAAUCUAUGGAAAAUGGAAGACUCGCAAAGAGCUUGUUCUGUCAUGGAUCCUCGAUUCCAUCUCGGAGGAGAUAAAAAUUAGUAUUGCGGAAGAUUCGUCCAAUAAUGAAGUUGGCCUGUGGAAAGCUUUGAUGAAAAUUUUCUCCCACCAGGAUCAUCAGUCCAUAAUCUCAGAUAUUAAGGAAGAAAUCAAAUCCCUCAAACAAGAAACACGAACUCUGAUGGAAUAUAAGAUCAAGUUCGAUGCGCUUUGGAUGGAAUAUGACAUGAUGCUCGAUGAUGAGAACAAUGACAAGAGCAAGAGGGAGCAAGAAAGAGCCAAGAGGUUCCUUGACGGUUUGAAUGACACCUUCAAGGCAACAAGAUCAUCGAUAAUGGAAGAGAAACCUUUUCCAUCCCUUGAGAGAGUUUUUUAUUUGGCAGCUCAAGAAGAUGAUGAAGCACGGAUAUUGGUCACGCGGAUCCAAGUGAUUGUUCUUUCGGAGAUCCAUGAACACGCGUUAACGUCAACGCCACCCGGAACGCCAUAUAGCUGCGAUGGAUGUAAAGAAGGAGGGUGUGGACGCAGUUAUCGUUGUGAAGAAAAGAAUUGCAGUGGUUAUGUCCUCCAUGAAGAAUGUGCAAGCGCUGUUCUUCAUCGUGAAAACCCCGAAAGUCAUCCAUUUUUCAAAGGAGAAGUAUUCGCGUUCCUAGAGAAACCCAUUGGGCAUCCUAGGUUUUGUGAUGCAUGUAGAAUGGAAGUGCAAGGGUUUGUGUAUUAUCGCGAAGAAACAAAAAAGGACACAGGCUUGGAUUUGCAUCCAUGUUGUUUGAAGCUAAGACACAACAUUCCUUAUGAAGAUUCAGGUGCAACAAAGACACUCACAUUGCAACGAGAUGUUCCGAAAAAGUGUGACCUAUGUAAGCGUAAGAAAGUUGGGGACGAUGGCGAACCUAAAGGGUGGUCAUAUGUAACUUCCGAUGGAGAUUGCUAUCAUGUUUCUUGUUUUAAGAAAUGGUUUCUUGAGAAAUUCAGAGAUGAUUAUUUCUCUGAAAAGAAGGUUGUAGUGUCAAAAAUGCAGAGCAAUGUUGUUGAGAGUAAUAAUAUGAAAGUUUUCGAAGUUGGAGAAGGAUCAAAUAGUUCAAAAAAAAGAUCAUCAUCAGUGGUAAAGAAGACGGUGGUAAAGAUAGCACCAGUGGUACUCAAGUUAAUAUUUUCAGCUAUUUUUGGAGAUCCUGUUUCUUUUGUUCUUACUAUUCUGGAAGGCAUAUUUAAUACUUUCAAUUAAAAUAUAUAAGGUGGAAUCUCAAGUGUAGUCCACUUCACUUGAAGUUGAUACUAUCUAAUGACUCUCAAAUAUCAACUUCACCUGAAGUCGACUUACUGAGUUUUCACCAAUAUAUAAUUACAUGUGCACUCUUAAAAUGUGUAAAAGUGAGGUUAAAUACUACUUUUCUGUUGAGUGUGGUUUAUUUCUUUUCAGUUUAAGCAAUAAAUUGUGUUUCCCUUUAAUUUAUAUGUGAGUUUGGUGUGCUUUGUAAUCCUUACA